CAAAGGCGAAAAUUGUGACGAAUUCUUAAAGCGAUAGCGAGAAGUAUGUCUAUGAACAAAGUUGUUUGCUCAAAUGGGCGGCUUACUCUUCAUGGAGACUAUGUGAUAUACCAUCAAGAUGGCGUCGAGUUUGCUCUGGAAGGCGGUGAAAUCCCUGGUUAUUUGAAAGGCUCAAAGAAAGGAAAUAUCUUCAUUACCAUUCAGAAAAUCAUAUUUGCCCCUACAACUGGAUGCAAUUAUGGUUCAUUUUCAAUGAAUUUCCAUAGUAUUCGAAAUGUGGAGGUCAAGCAACCCAUGUUUGGUGCAAAUUUUGUGAAGGGGGAUGUAAUUUCUGAGGCAGAUGGUGGUUGGCAUGGUAGAGGAACUUUCAAAGUAACCUUCAAUAGUGGUGGAGCUAUAGAAUUUGCUGAACACUUCAGAGUUGCUGUUGCUAGUGUCCGUAGGCCUGGGUCUCACCCUCCACCACAGGCACCUGGGCAGCCAGUGAUGAUGAAUGGAGGCAACAUCUACAACAAUAUGUACCCAGCUCAAUCUGGCUAUUAUGGAGCCCCUGGGCAGGCAUUCUACCCAACUCCGCAACCUGCAGGAUAUGCUGUCUAUCCACCUCCAGGUGGUGUAAUGAGUCAGCCACCACCAUACCAGCCUCAUGAAAAUCCCCCACCAUACCCAGGACAGGCUCCACCCUCUGCACCCCCUCCUACUGAUGGCAGUUUUAACUAUUCAUUUGGAGAUGCAAAAGCAAGAGAGGUUUACAGCACUGGACAAAACGUAUAUGUACCAGCCCCUCAGCCUCCACCUCCCUAUGCGCCACCCCCUUAUACUGACAAGAAGAAUGAUUAACUGAAGAUAAUGCGGUCAUGGAACAGAAUAUGCGAUGAAAUCCAAUAAAGUAAUUUAAGUUUUGAUGGUAAGAACCACAGGUCAUGACCCAGCCACUCACGAGGAUCGUGCAACUGUAAUUUAUGUUAAUCAUCAUUCUAAUUGAUAAAUGAAUUCUUCUGAAUUUGCUAAAUACUGUAGAAAUGAAUGAGGUAGUCAGAUUGUUGAUCGAUAAGGUAUAUACUUUAAUAAGGUAAAUAGUCCGAAGUACUUUAAUCUAGUCUUUAGGGAAAUUUAAUCCUUAUUAUCAUAAAAGUUAAAUAAAAAGUGACAACACACAAUGUAAAAGAGUGAUGCGAAGGAGCGCUUUUGACUGUCGUAAAACCUGGAUCAGAGUACGUGGUCACUUUAGCUAAUCGGAAUAAAGGAAAAUGGCAAAAAAACUCAAAUUUAAUAACAUGUUAUAUACAGUACUUCAAGCACAGGAAAGCGCGAGUGAUUAUGUCUUUGUUGGCUUUAGCUUGAAUCACUUUGGCUGAGAUGGUGGUGUGAGUUUUUGAGAUUGUCACUCUACUCCUGUCUCCAAGUACAGUUUUUGCUACGUUAGGUAAAAGGAAUACAGGUAUCACUAGUUCGCAGCGUUCGGAGAGGUUUAUCACUUUUGAGAUCCCAGGAGACUGUGGUGCAGCACUUUAAAUGACACAGUUAUGAAUGGUGUUUGAAAGAGAGAGUAGAGAACUUACUUGAAUUUCUUGACUUGGGUAAAUUCCACAUUAGAAGAUUAAAUGUUGAGGUUUUAAACCUUGUGAUUUCAAGCUUAAUUCGCAGGUAGUGGUUGCCAAGUUUAUGUAGAUUGCUAUUUGCCCGUGAAGCAAUAAUCACAUUGAGUUGAAGAAACUGACGAAGAAGCUUCUGAUAGGAAAAAUACUUAAUAUUUUGGUUGAA